AUGGCCACUAGACAAGCGCACAAGAGACUAACUAAAGAAUAUAAAUUACUCGUCGAGAGCAGCCCUCCAUUCAUCCUAGCACGUCCUAAUGAGGAUAACAUUCUCGAAUGGCAUUAUAUAAUCACAGGACCACCAGAUACACCCUACGAUGGUGGGCAAUACCACGGUACCUUAACGUUCCCAAAUGACUAUCCAUAUAAGCCGCCAGCCAUUAGAAUGAUCACCCCUAAUGGUCGUUUUAAAGAAAAUACAAGAUUAUGUCUAUCGAUGAGUGAUUAUCAUCCAGAUACUUGGAAUCCUGGCUGGUCUGUAUCCACUAUAUUAAAUGGGUUAUUGAGUUUCAUGACGGGGAAUGAAGCCACGACAGGGUCUAUCACUACUACUGAUGCUCAGAAAAGGAAACUGGCUUCUCAGUCUGUAAAUUUCAAUACUUAUCAAAAUGCAAGGUUCAAACGUGUUUUCCCUGAUAUUGUUAACGGCAAUUUGAAAACAUUAGAGGAAGCACGAAAAGGCAGGAGUGAGAAUGCAGCUGAUGAUAAAGAUUUAUUAACAAAAGUAUCGCAGGAAAAGCCUGUCCUGAUCAAUGAUAUAGUUGAUCCAGAAGAUAGAAUACGUGCUGAACAAAUAGUUAAUGACUCAUUGAAUGGUAAAGCUGAAGUAGGAAAUAAGGGUUUUGUCAAGGGAAAGAAAUCCUUUAAAAAACUAUAUUUUGGAAUUGGUAUUCUUAUUUUAUUAAUUGGGUUAUCUAUGAGAUGA